AUGCCUUUCUUGUCCGACACAUACGAAUCCUCCUCUGUCCAGGUUCAUGAAGCCGUCUCUGCAUGGUUUCUAGGUCCACAGGCAGAAAACGCCGAUUUGCUCAAGGAGCUCUUUUCCAGAGCUGUUGGGGACCAUGUAGCUGCAAGAACUUCGUACCACCCAGAGGACGGUAAUUUCAUCACAAGCGAGGUGAAAGAGUCCAAAGUCUAUAAGCAAACCGCAGACAACCUUCGCAAGAAGUUCGCUGAGCUCUCCACGCUGUUAAAUGACUUCUCCAUCCCGUUCUAUUCACCUCGAUAUGCAGCCCAUAUGACGUUCGAAAGCAGCCUUCCCUCAAUUGCCGGUUGGCUUGCUGGGCUGCUAUUGAACCCCAACAAUGUUUCGUUUGAAGCAGGUCCUAUCACCACGCUGCUUGAGCUCGAGGUGGGACAGGACUUGUGCAAGAUGAUCGGAUUUGAAAACGAAGGCGAUAUGCAAAGCUGGGGACAUCUCACCAGUGGCGGAACCAUCGCCAAUAUCGAGUUCAUUUGUGUUCUAGCCCGGAACCUCAAAUUCUACCCUUUGGCUUUGCGUGAAGCAAUGUCCCCAUCUGGACCCUUGCACUUCAUCUCCUCGACCUUCAAGAUAUCCAAAUGCACCGACCCGGUCAUCCCGCCCUCUGCCCCCUCCUCCGAAGAACCACUCCACCUUUUCACCUCGCUCUCGACCUGGGAGUUGCUCAAUUUGAUGCCAGAGACCAUUCUGGCGAUUCCUGAUCGACUUCAGAAGGAGUAUCAGAUAAGCCCAACGUUCCUGGAGGAAGUCAUGGCGGAGUAUAUCGUCCAGUCGACGGGCAUGGAAGGGCUGAAGGAGAGAUGGGGUUUCAAGGAGAGUCCAAAGUUCCUCAUGGCAGGAACAAAGCACUAUUCGUGGCCCAAAGGACUCGCAUUGACGGGAGUAGGGUCUCAAAGCCUUCUCAAGCUCGACCUAGACAGCAAUGCCCGCAUCUCGCUCUCGUCUCUUCAACGCACUCUGGAUCACUGCCUCAAUGAGCACAUCCCGAUCUACGGCAUCGUAGCAGUCAUCGGAACGACUGAGGACGGAGCAGUGGACCCAUUGGCCAAGAUCAUUGAAGUGAAGGAGGAGUACCGAAAGAAGGGACUGUCGUUCCUAGUACACGCAGAUGCUGCCUGGGGUGGCUACUUUGCUUCCACCCUCCGCGAGCCACCGGCUUCUUGGGUCUCUUCGUGGCCAACAGUCAACCCAGGAGACAAAGUGCCAUUCGACGAGGAAUAUGUUCCUUAUAUGGCCUUGAAACAGUAUACUGUACAUCAACUUGAAGCGUUGAAGUAUGCAGACUCUGUUACGAUUGAUCCUCACAAGAGCGGGUAUUGCCCGUAUCCCGCUGGGGGAUUGUGCUAUAAAGACAGACGCAUGAGACAUCUUUUGACUUGGUCUGCUCCCUAUAUCGAGCAUGGAAAGAGGGGGGAGAACAUUGGAGUGCACGGUGUCGAAGGCAGCAAACCCGGAGCAGCUGCAGCUGCUGUUUUUAUGCACCACAAUGUCGUAGGGUUACAUAAACGCGGCCACGGCGGCUUACUGGGAGAGGUAUCGUUUACCUGUGCAAGGCUCGCAGCGCAUUGGGCAACACUGUCUACCCCGUCAGACCCGUUUAUUGUAGUCCCGUUCAAUAGACUUCGUUCAGAGCGUCAGCCUUCGGCUUACCCUUCCUCUCCUGGAUUAGGCUCUUCCCCCGAGCUUCGCCGCCGAUCCUCGUCUACAUUUGAAGAACCCAAUCUCGAGGCUAUCGAAGCAGAGAAGGCAUUCAUCCGCGAAAAGAUCAUCGGAAGGUCCAACGAAGAGCUCGUCAAAGACCCAGACCCAGAAAUCGUCGCCGAGCUCAGGUCUCUAGGCAGCGACCUCAACAUCAACACUUUCAUCUGCAACUUCCGUCUGCCCCACUCUGGCAUUGGACAAGAGGGAGUGGGGCCGAUCAACGAAGAUGUCUCCGAGGCCAACUACCUUAACGAACUCAUCUUCGACGCUCUUUCUCCUUCCGAUGUUGGGGUAGCGCCUAAACGUCUCCCCCUCUUCCUUUCCGCCACGGUCCUGAAGCAUUCGGAUUAUGGAGAGUGUCUGGAUAACUUCAAAAGGCGGGCAGGUUUGGAGGCGGAGAGCAAGGCAGAUUUGUUCGUCCUGCGGAAUGUGGUGAUGAGCCCUUUCCAGGCCAAUGCGAAGUAUGUUCAGGAGGUCCUGAUGGCCAAAUUCAAGGAGGUGUUGCACAAGGCUUUGAAGACCGUCAUCACCAGGAACACUGUCACCCCCGACGUCCAUACUUUCAUUAUGCAAGGAACCGAUCGUCUCUUCCUCGCUUAUCGACCUUUCUUCUUCAAGGCCAAUGGACGACAACAACUUAUCCUUGAAGUCCCUGUUCCGAGUGACGCCAACCAACAGGAGUCUGGAUGGUCUGCCUACCGCAAGGCCAGGAAGGAGAAUCCAAACGCCCUGUUCACGCUCAAGACGUCUCGAAUCAGAAUCGAUGAACUACUGCAUGGAGGUUGCAAAUGCGAUGUCUACGUAAAUAGCGACCUCGUCUCGCAGUUGACGAUCCGGGAUGUACGUAUCGUCAAGAACCGUCCUCUGCUUUCGCGGUGGCAAGACCCGGACUACGAUGCCCACUACACACCUUUCUAUCUCUACGGCACGUCAAAGGAGCAACACGUUGACCAUAUGCUCCUCAAGGCGCCAAACGCCCAGCUCACAGCCGAGAGAGUCCGAUUCACCGAUCUCGAUCGCCCUCUCCCGGAAGACAAGCUCGCCAGCGGGUUAUUGAUGUAUAUCCACCGACCCGAGCGCUCGAUGCAGCCUUUCGACAGGGACAACCAUCCAAAGUUCUUCUACCCCAACGCCAGCUUCCCUGUGACGAUCGUUGACGACCCCUUCGCCCCCACUGCCCAUGGUCCUGGACUCGCCUCUGCGCUAUCUCACAAGCACCCUGUCGUCGCUCGAGGGACAGUCCAUCUCCCUCUCAAUGUCUUCACCGAUUCUUGUGACCUUAACCGCCAAGAUUUCCGUGAUUAUGAGCGUAUUACGGAAGAGAGGAUGAAGGAUCGUAUGACGUGGGAGGAUAAGAGUAUGUGGAGGAGUAUGGUUAAGGAGAGACUGCAUUUGGUCCAGGAGGAGUAUUACUCGGAUAUGCACAGGGGCAAGGCGGAGGGCAAGUACAACGAUGGUCGGGAUAUUACGAGGUGGCCGCUUAGCAAGGAUAGAACACCGGAUAAGGACGACGAUGUCCUUCAGGGUGGGUUGUUUACGAGCAAUGCGGGGAGGAACUGA